UCGCAUAAUCAGUCAAAAUGUAACGCUGUGCCGCAGCAACCCCUUGGAGAUUAAAAGUACUGGAUGCUUUACACCUCAUAUCACAUGACUUAUGUUGUUCGUGAAAUUACUGAUAGAUUGGGCUCUAGGAAAGAUUCAAAAUGGCGGUCGUGAUGGAAGGACCCCUUUCUAAAUGGACUAACGUUGUAAAAGGAUGGCAGUAUAGGUGGUUUGUUUUAGACGACAAUACAGGGCUGUUAUCCUAUUAUACGUCCAAGGACAAAAUGAUGAGAGGGACAAGAAGAGGAUGUUUACGUCUGAAGGGAGCAAACAUAGGAAUUGAUGAUGAAGAGGACAGCACUUUUACUAUAAGCUGUGAUCAAAAGACCUUUCACUUUCAAGCACGUGAUGCCGAGGAGAGAGAACGUUGGAUUAGAGCUUUAGAGGACACAAUCAAAAGACACUCACAAGCCAGAAAGAGACCAAUGGCAGGUUUUCAGACGUUAUUUGAUCCCUCUCAAGAAAAUUUGGAACAACGCUUAGCAGAAGCCGACGCAUACCAGAAGAUUCUCGAACAACAAAUCAAGCAUUUACAUUCUCGAAUGAGUGCUGAUACAGGAGCUCAAGAUUCACAGAGAUAUGCCAUACUAAAGGAUACAUCUACUAAAAUGCUGGAGUCAAUGAAUCAUUGUUUGAAGCAGAUGUCUGCUCUAAAGUUAGAAUGCGAGAAAUCAAUUGCUGAGAGUUCUUCUGCAGAGCUAGCAAUGCCAGUACUCAAUGAUCAUUACUCAGCCAAAAGCUCAGACCCUUCUCUUGCACAGGAAAAUGAUAGAUGUGCAAAUGAAGGCAAACAAAAUAUGGAAACUGCAGUAGAAACCAGAAUUCUAAAGCCCAGUAAGAGUGACUCCUCACUUAAUAUUAGGGACAAGUCUUCCUCAGUUUCCAGUGAUGAAGGAUGUGGUUUUGAAUCCUCUAAAGUAACGUCAAAAUCCAACCAUGAACUGUCGUCAGCUGAAAGAAAUACUCCAUCUCACUUACAACUUGACGGAACAAGCAUUCACCCACAAGUUGGGUUCUCUUUGUCACCCAGCCGUGAUGGUCAUGUAGUACCAUUUACUUCGUAUUCCAGUAGUGAGGAUGAAGAUGAAGUGGAAUUCUUUGAUGCCGAUGAGUUCCAUUACUCAGAAUCUGCACCCUCAAGCUCGCCCCCCAGGAGUAACCCAUUUUCAGCAUCCAAGAAGUGGAUGGAUCGUGACGAAUAUGAAAUCGAGGAUGAUGACACAACAGGAGGAGACCUCGAGGCUAUCGACAAACACAGUAGUAUUAUCACGCAUCUGUUAUCUCAAGUGCGUCUGGGAAUGGACUUGACCAAGGUUGUUUUACCGACGUUUAUCCUUGAGAGAAGGUCUUUGUUGGAAAUGUAUGCAGAUUUCUUUGCUCACCCUGACCUGUUCGUCGAUAUUGUAAACCAUUCACAUCCAAGAGAUCGUAUGAUAGCAGUAGUCAGGUGGUAUUUGUCUGCUUUCCACGCAGGUCGUAAGGGCUCGGUAGCAAAGAAGCCAUAUAAUCCUAUCCUAGGGGAGGUGUUUCGUUGUUUCUGGGUUUUACCUGAGUGUGAAACGUCAAGAACAGAGAAAUGUUCUGUUGAUGGUCCACUGCCGUGGGCUUCAGAAGAUGACGUCACUUUCAUUGCUGAGCAAGUAUCCCAUCAUCCCCCAAUUUCUGCGUUUUAUGCAGAGAAUUUCAGUAAACAGAUAACGUUGAACGCGCACAUCUGGACCAAGUCAAAGUUUCUGGGACUGUCAGUUGGAGUUGAAAAUAUUGGACAAGGCUGUGUGUCAGUUUUACCGUAUAACGAGGACUAUGUAUUAACAUUCCCUAAUGGUUAUGGCAGAUCAAUUCUCACAGUUCCUUGGGUGGAAAUUGGAGGAAAAACUAACAUAACUUGUUCUAAAACUGGAUAUCAAGCUGCAGUACAGUUCCACUGUCGGCCUUUUUAUGGUGGAAAAAAGCAUCGUAUAACAUGUGAAGUGACUUCUCCGGAAGAUAAGAAAACGUUUCUAACCAUCACAGGGGAAUGGAAUGGACAAAUGUUUGCCAAAUAUUCCGAUCGAGAGGAACCCGAAUUAUUUGUUGAUACAGUUAGCAUGCCAAGUGUAAUGAAAACGGUAAAGAAAAUCCAUAAACAAGAAGAAAACGAAUCUAGGAGAUUAUGGAAAGAUGUUACAAAAAGUUUAAAAGAUGACGACGUGGGAAAUGCAACUGAAGCGAAACACAAGUUAGAAGAACGUCAGCGAGCAGAGGCGAGAGAAAGAAAAGAAAAAGGACUAACUUGGCAGACAAAGUUGUUCCAUGAAGUGGGAGAAAACUGGGUGUACCACAAACCAUUGGUAACAAGGCUAGCCAGUCAGAGUCCUUCUAAGAGCAAAUGAGUCUCCGGUGGAUACUGAGGCAGUGGCUGGAUGCUUGUUGUCGUGGAUACAUACUCACUCAUUCACACAGCUCAUCCCCAGUCUAUGGAAGAGAUUUCCAGUCCGAAUAACAGGACCCUGGAAUCGAACUGAAGAGAAGCUGACGACUUAUAAAUUUGAUGUUGAAUAGCUGUGUUUUCAGCUGCUGGAUGAAUAGAAUACUUCAGGUUUUUUUUUUUCUGUUUUGGGAAUUAAUGUGUUCUAUGUUGCAGAGUCAAAUUACACGGCAAAAGCCAUUUUCAAACGCGUUUGUUUAUGAAAAUAAAAAAAAAAGGCAUUAUUUUCGAACAUUUUCACAAACCUUAUACUGUUCCAUAAAAACCACUAUGUUGGCUUGUUAAAUUAUUUUCAACUUUCUUCGAAUUUGGCUGUAAAGGAAAAGAAAGGAUGGUAAAACGAAACGUUCGAGCAAGAUAGCAGAGGCUAUAUUUUAGCUUCACAUUUUUAGGAAUUAUUCACUGUUUGAGGAGAGAAUUACUCCACUAGAAAAAGUUUGAUCCAAAUCAAGGCACCUUAUGUGUAAUUAUCAGAGUCAAUAGCAACUCGUUACCUUAGUUUUUAAAUGAAAUUUAACACGUCUUUAGGUGUCUUUAAAAAAAUCUCUAGUUAAAUUUCCUUAGCUAAAAUAUCCAUUUAGAUCAAAGGGGGUUGAGAUCAUAUUUCAAGGAUAACGUCAGCGCACAUGUACAACGAAAUUUUUGUCAAAGCAAUUUAAGAUAAGUUUGAGGAAAAGUCCUUGGAAAUUAUUUCAUACUGUUAUUGUUAGGGAAAUAAAUUAAAUUUUUUUAAUAUA